CGCCGGGGGAGGAGCUUGCGGCGGCGGCGGUUGCCCGGCGGUUUGGACGGGGACGGCGAGCGGCGCGGACUAGCGCAGCGCCUCGCAGCGCGGCCUCCCUCCUUCUCUUCCUCCCUCUGCGCUGCGGGGCCCGGGCGCGGCAAGAUGCUGCCCCGCCGCCCCCCGCGUCCUGCCGCCGCCUCCUGAGCACCCCGGCCCGGCCCGGCCCGACCAUGAGGGACGGCGAGGACCUGGAGGGCUUCGAUGGCGAGGCGUCCAGCACGUCCAUGAUCUCCGGCGGCAGCAGCCCCUACCAGCCCACCACCGAGCCCGUGAGCCAGCGCCUGGGCGGCCUCCGCUGCGACCCCGACUACCUGCGGGGCGCCCCGGGCAGGGCCAAGGUGGCCGAGGUGGUUUUGGCACUGAUUGCAUUCAUCUGCAUAGAAACCAUCAUGGAAUGUUCCCCGUGCGAAGGCCUUUAUUUCUUUGAGUUUGUGAGCUGUAGUGCAUUUGUAGUUACUGGAGUUUUAUUGCUUAUGUUCAGUCUAAAUCUUCAUACAAGAAUACCACAGAUCAACUGGAAUCUUACAGAUAUGGUCAACACUGGACUCAGCACUUUCUUCUUUUUCAUUGCAUCUGUUGUACUCGCUGCUUUAAACCAUAAAACUGGAGCAGAGAUCGCUGCUGUGAUAUUUGGUUUCUUGGCAAUGGCAGUGUAUGCUGUGAGUCUGUAUUUAGCUGUUAAGAAAUGGCAAAUGAACGGCAGGCAGCAGAACAGCCGGCAGACCAGCAAUUACUUGCGGGCCCGGACAGAGUCGAGAGAAGUGGAUCAGCAUCCUGAGAUUCAGCGUUUGGAUGAUGCAUGAAAGCUACAUCUGGGGAGAGGACUGUGAGGAGGGAAAACGAACGUUUUAUUUUCUCUCAUCAAGUAAAGUUCAUGUAGUUUUCAGUUUUCCAUAUUUUUAGGAAGAGAAGGGAGAGCCUGUCUUGGCAGAAAAUACCUGGCUGUGUGUACAGAGAAAUACGUUGAUCUACAUUUUGUUCAGAGUCCAUUUACAUGAAGGCUAUAAGUACUGGCCACACAAAGCAAGAUCUGUAUGAAAAGUCCACGUAGGUGUCUGAAGUCUGUUAGUAUUUUGAUUAAACACCUGUAGGGUACUUUUUCCAGUUUCAGGCUGUAGAGACUCAUCGUAUUCUACCACUAUCUCUUCAUCCAGCAGGAAUGUUGUAACCAACAUUGUUUCCUAAAAGAGAGAAGAAAAACAAAGCCGCCUUCAAAAUUCAGUGCGUUGCACAUGAAUAGAAAGUGAGGGACAGAUAGCAAUAACAUUAGCUAGAGACCAUGUACACCAAUUCUGUACACUUCCUUAUGCAGCUUUGCCAAUGCAAUUCAGUUCUCACUUCCACAGUUUAUUUCUUGGUACGUUUGUAUCGCUGAGACAGGCAACCAUGUUGGAUGUUUGAGCUGGUGGAUGUGAUGAUGCAGACAGACCUACACUAUUGACAAUGCCGAAGCCACCAAAUAAGCUUCUUUUAUGACCUUGGCUGUAUUAGAACUUGGGCUUCUACAUGGGCAAAAUGAGUACAUAUGCCUGCUCUGUGGUCAGCACAACCUAGGCAGAACAAGUAUGUAGGUAUCUGUGAGUGGUUUUGAAUAUGUUGCAUAACUUUCAAUAACAAAAUCCUUUUUGGAAUAAUUAUCAAAUAAUCAUCUACACCUCAGUGACAGUUGUUCCUAACUCCUAGGUUCAGCUUUCUGGAAAUGUUAGGAGCCAGAAAAAUCCAUCUUUCCAAGACUGCAAUACUGCAUUUUGCAUAUGAUUAAUGCAUUUCAUGGCAUAUUCUGGUCUGGGCUGGUCACAUGACUCUCUUGUUUUAUUUUUAAACUGGUUGGUAGUAACUAAUGUAAGUUGAUCUGUCCAAUGUGGGUAUUAUCUACAAAUGUUUUUAUAAUGCUCCUUUGCAGAUUAGGUUGUAAGGAAGACAGUAUGGUGGACUCUAUUGUUUUUCACUGUUUAUGUUUAUAAGCCCUUCUCCCUAGUUUAAGUUUUCUUAUUUACAUUCCAGUUUCAGUGAGGAGAAGAAUUCAUGUUUUCUAAUUGGAGACUAUAUUCUGCAAUAAUACAAGUAGAAUCUGUUAAUUGUAAUUGGAAGACUUCCCAAUAUUUAAUGUUGUCUAUGUUGUUAUGUCUGUUUGUCAUGUGGAUCAUGGUUGGCACAUGAGUAAGUGCACAUUUCAGCAAGUUUCCUGUUUGUUGUAGAUGAAGGAAGAAAAAAAUCACUAGUCAAGGUCCAACCUCAUAGAAAUUGGGAGAUCUUUGAAAUCAGUGGAGUUCUGCUUGCUCGCACCUGAUCUGAGUUGACUUUAAGCAUUGCAUUUGCACGUAGCUAUUCCCAGCAUACUUAUACAUACUUGUACCAGUAAAUAUUUGGAAUGCUAAGUAUGAAGGACAGUAAAAUUCAGAGGUACUGUCCAGUCACUUUCAGGUACAACAUGUGACUUUUGCAAAACACUUUUACCAACCCUACAAUCAUUAGAAAUAUGUUUGUGAUUUUGUUUUUCUUUUUAACUUCCAAAGAAGAUAGAGAGCUCAGGAUUUAAACACUAUGCUUCACUGUUCACAUCUUAGGCAAUGCAGCAUUGUGCUAGUGCAUGAAAGCCAGAAAAUGGAACUGACUCAUCUGUUUUUAUCAUCCAUCAUGUAUGUUGUUUCCAGUCCAAGCUACAUUAAUGGUCAAAAGCAAACUUAGAUAUUUUCAAGAUUCAGGUUAGUGAUUAAAUUAAAAGAACGUUUUAAAAACUUUUUUUUUAACUUGGUAAUUGAUCUCUCCUAACAUUUUAAUGUUAUGUUACAUUUCAGUGAAUGCUCUAGUUGAAGGUAGGGCUGAGUUUAGAGUCUGAACACCUAACUGUUGAAGCUCACUUGAACCUACAAGUUAGCUAACAACACAGAUGGCUUAUUAAUUUAAAGUUGCUCUUCACCAGGAUUUUUGGACAUCAUAUGAAACCUGUAGUUCGAUCUACUGAAUGAUGGAGUUUAUCAUGCCUAUUGGUGCUCUGUAUUUCCGCUCACUGUACCGAACAUUGGAGGGGUGUGAGGGAGUUUAUAGAUGCUGUUAAUUGUUAAAUGAAAAUGAGUAUUCAUCAAAACAUGUUAAAAAUUAAACACAGUGACAUCUAGGCUGUAUAAAAAAGAGAAUGUAGAAAUCUUACCGAAAGCUCCAAAAAGAGACAUCUGGAAGAUACUGUCUGCUCCACAUUUAUACUUGUAGGAUGGCGUUUCAACUGAAGUCAUGGAGCAAACGAAUAAACUGGGUGCUAAGAGCCAUAACAAUUGAAAUGUUCCAAAAGUAACUGAAACGCUUUAGGCACCUCUUCAUAUGAAAUACUAUUUUGUAGCGUUUCACUUCAUUACAUAUGCCCAGGGACAGUACACUGGAGCUGGGCUUACCCCUUCUUCCUCCCCAUUGACUGCUGCGGCAGCGCUGACAGUGGGCCCAGCCCCUUCCACCCUUCCCUCUCCUCUAUCUCUUUUCCCUAUGAAGGGAGGGGAAGCUGAGACAGGAGCCGAAGGUCACUACAGCCUGCUCUAGCAUCCUCAGGCCAGUGCUAAACAAGGCUGCAGGAGUUUUAAACAUUUCUGCCAGGAACGGUACAGGGGAUGUAAGCGUGUCCCCUGGCAGUAAUGUUUAAAUUUUGAAGCAUUACCAAUGAAGCAUUUUUAAGUGCGUUUCACUUUGAAAUGUUACAGCUGUUACAUCUGUUCACACCCUGUGUGGCACAGUAGUAAGGCUCGUUAAUGUAGCAGGAGUUUAUUCCAGUUGUUGUUUAGAAAAAGGAAUAAAACAUGGGAUGUCCCGUAGUCCCCUGGUUUUCCCUAUGGUUUGUUGUUGACCUUGAUUAAUGUUCUGAUUACUGAAUAAUCUUGUGCUCAGCAUCUACAAUUUUAUGAGCUGUUGAUAUCUUUUAACUUGUGUCUUUCGUUACGUGGGGAAGUAGGGGAAAGUUGAUAGUGCUUUGCCAGUUGAUUCACAAAUAGUUCUUGUUAGCGUGCAUGGGGGCUGCAGAUGCCUGACUAAACAUGAGCAAUACACUGAUACCUCUAACAUGGUAUGAUACAGGAUCAUACAGUAACAUAUAGUAUGACCUGAAAUGGUUACACUUGAAAUACAAUGUGUUUGAUAUGUUGUGCAUAGUAUCCCAUUGUUUAUUACUUACAUUUUUACGUAGUUGAAACAGUCAUUGGAGUUGAGUUUCAGCAGAAAACUAAUGAGAGACAGGUCUUAAAUACACUGGUAAAUAGAAAAAUGUGGAGCUUCCUUAUUUUGGGGACCAAAGAUGAUGUUCGUGUAGUGCACAUAUACUCUUUUUAAUCUGAGCUAGUGAUGUAUUAGUUUUGGAAAACAUUAUUUUUGAUCUUUAAUUUGAAGAAGCUGGAUAUGCUUGAAGCUGGGAUAGAAAAUCAUAUGUACAUAGUGAACAUCCCAUAUAUAUGGUAGUGUAAUGAAAUAAACCCUUUUCCAACAAAUUUGAAAUUGAUAAUCCUAUUGAAGAUUGCAGUUGGCCUUCUUGGAAAAAAAAUGCAGGGAUUUUUUUUUUUUUUUGUGAGAUGUGCAUAGAAAAUACAUGCUUAUUAAUUGCUGCUUCCUAAUGGAUUACAGUUUUGCUUUACCAUCAGUUAGUCCUGCUCUUACUUAUUUGGUAAUAAUAGAGGGAUGAUUUCUUAUAGUUCAUGAGAACACUGCUGAGCUUCUCAAAGGAACCCCAACAGCGUAAAUGAAGCUAAAUUGAAAACCAAACUGAUGGACGGUGUGGAAAUUGGAUACGUGAAACAAUGGUGAGGAUCAGGGUUUUCUUGUGGGGCAAAUACUGCCCUCAGAUAAGUAGUGAAGUCCAGUGUAUUUCAGUGUGUCGGCAAAGAUAAGGGCACAGGUUUUUCCAUAGUAGUAUACAUUGCAUAAGGGUCGUAUAACAUGAAUAAAAUAGUUACUUAUUGGCAGUGGCAGCUGCACAUGUGGGUGGAGUUUUUUUUUCUCCUAGUAGCUCUAUUAUAUGCACCUUUAUCAACAUCAUGAUACGUUUGACACCUGGCAACAUGACCGUAGCAGCAUGCAAACUGCUCUGUGCCUGAGAGAAUUUUUACAGAAAACCUAGUAGAGAACCAAGCACUCGGGGGGGUGGUUGGCCUAGUCGUGUAGCUGGUUCCUUUUUCCUUCUGUCUAGUCCUCGGGUUUUGGUAGUUUUUGGACAUAGUCCUCCAUUCUACUUGCCUUUAGAAACCUACAGAUUGUCCAGAACCUGCUCUUUUUUAUUUGUGAUAUUGUUUGGUGAUAGAUUUUUUUUUGUAGAUUUUUUUUUUUCCCCUCCAUAAAUUUAGAAUCUGUUUUGCACAGAAGUCCUCUAUUGUACCCCACAGAAAUGCAAGCACAUAGUUUAAAAGACUUGGAGAGUCUCUGUCUAUGCUUCUUCCAGAGAGAGACUUCUAGCAUUGGGAUCUCUGAGGUCUCAGCUUCCCAGAAUGUAGUGGUCUUUAAACAGUGGUCGGCCUUUAUAUAUGACAGCCAUUACUUCCAGGUAUUCAAAAGUCUACAAGGCUUUGCUUGGCUCUGGUGGCAAGGCUUAUUACGGUUGUUUUUCAUGCUUAAGGGAUGCCUGUUGUUUAAAGACUUAAAUGCAGCCAGACAAGGACCUUAAAGAUGCUCUGCCAGUGUGAUCCAAUGUUAAACUUUGUGAUGAGCUUUACUUUAGGGAAGAAUAACUCCUCGGGUGUUUCGUAUGAUUUGCAUUCAGCCUGUAGCCCAUGGCUUGGAACCGUCUGGGACUCCUCUGUUCUCAGCCUCCUGUGUCUGGCAGUACAAGAUGCUGGAGGGAGCCGAGGAGAGUUGGAGGGACAGUCAGCAAUUUCUGGUAUUUUUUUUAGAUUGGUGAUUCUCAUCACUUGGCUGUGGAAGGCUUCAAUACAAAUCUUCAUAUAAAAGUAUCUUUGUUCCAUUUGUAACAUCGCGAGCUCUAGGGAUUCUCAAAAUAUUCUCCUCCUUUAGUGGGAAGAGUGUGUGGAUUAGUAAGAGAACUACUCUUCAAAAAGAUGGCCCAGACAGUUGCGUGCAUUUGGGUUGUAGAAUUUGUCUCCAAACUUUUCCAUGAAACAUCAGGUUUAACCUUUCUAAGCAAAGGAAGACUUUCCCUUCUUGCUUUUAGCCUUCCUGAACUCUUGUGGGGGUAGAACAAGUGCUUGCCAUACCCAUUUCACCUUCCUGUUGCAAAGUUUGUAAUUCAUCUUUCUUUUUUUGAUAGGGACUAUUUCCCUACCUUAAGCCUUCCCAUGCAUGUUUGUUUUUUUUCUCCCAUAAUCCUUUUUUCAACUAUUCUAACCCAUUUCCUUUCUGGAAGUGGUGAUUAAUAAUACAGUGGUUCUGUUGAGCACCUUUCACAAAAAGUUUGAAGAGAUCUGCAAUUCAAAUGCUAUUAAAAAUAGUGUCAUCCAUCUUCCUGCAGAUGCAGUGUAAAAACAUGAACAGCUUUCAGUCUAAACAGAAGCAUAAAGAAGAUAUAGGCCCUCACAUUUAAAGGCCUGGAGCCAGAUAGCUUCAACUGAUAUUUAGCAAAUAAGUGGGCAGAAUUUGAUCAUGACCAAAGUGUGCAGGGAGCUAAUAAUACUUAGCACUUACAUAACUAUUUUCAAAAUAGCAUGUGCACAUUAAUAAUUAUCAAUGCGCCUGGGAUGGAGGCAGGGAACGUUUUCUGCAGUCCUCCAGAAGGGGGAGACAUGAGGCUAAGUGAGUCAAUGGUAAAAGCAGGCUUAGAAAGCUGUGCUCCUUUGACUUUUAACCCUGAGGAGCCAGCACCAUCCCUAAUCAGAAAUCAAGGUCAUCAAAACUCAUCUAUGGAUUUUAAAGAUACACUGUUAAGUUACCCGUAAUAUUGAUGUCAUAGCAUUCACUCAUUUGAAGAGCAGUAGUUGCUACAGCAUGCAAGUGCUGCCUCCGCCAGAAGACCAGAGGGUUUCUGGGAAGGAAGUACAGGUUGAAGGCACCAGUCUUGCAAAAUGUUUUGCCCUUAAGUUAUCCCUACAGUCAAGGCUGUUUCCUUGCAUGGGAUUUCUUCAGGGUCCUCCCCAUGCAGGGGAGUGUAGCAUUGUGGCCAAAACUAACUCAGACAGAUGAUGUGGAGAGAGCAGUUGUAAACUACUGUGUGUUUAUACUUGUUCUCACAUAUAUUGGAAAUGACAUAUGGCCAUUUUGAAAUGAAACUGAAAUCUGCACCGAACAAGAAUGUUUCAGGAAGGGAGCUGGAAAGGUUGCUUGAAAAUAGCUAAUGAAGUGAUGAGGAAAGUCUUCCUUUCAUUUGAAUGGGGGAAGUCACUAAAACUAUAGGCAGAAUUAAUUUUAAAUUGUUUUUAGUCCAGGGCUCUGCUCUGUAUUCAGGAAUUCUCAGGAAACUUCUGUAGAGGUUUUUUUUUGUGUGUUUGUUUUGGGUUUUUUUCUUACUGCCACUGUAUUGACUGUCUCUCUUGGUCACAGGAGCAGGGGGGUUUCAGAUCUGGUGGAUCCGUUUGGGAGAUAGUGAAGUAGUCUGGCUCUAGUAGUUUUGUUUUUUGUUAUAAUUGUUUAAUUAAAAGAAAAAGAUCUGUCCCUAAUUUAACCAUUUAUAUUUUAGAAUAUGCUUUUUAGGAGAAACUCUACGUACACUGUGAUUAUAGUGUCCUUUGACUUGGAAUACAUGAUGAAGUCUGAUUUUUCUUUUGGGAUACGCAGCUUUCAGAAGUGUUCUUAUAUAUACCCAUGAAUGAAAGUUGCUUAUUUAUCUCAGAAAAUGUAAGUACAUCUUGUGCUGGCAUUUGCUAAACUUUCGUAUCCACAAUCCCAGAGGGGCUAGUGAAGAGUUGCCUUUUAAUUGCUAUGGGCUAAUAAUAUUUUUUAUAACUAAUCAAAGAGGUUCCUUCUUAAAUUAUAUUUGGCAAGCAGAAGAUAUUUAAUUUUGUUUUUAUAUUCAAUAUACAUAGUUACCUUGAUUGACAUAUUUAUAAUAUAGAGCUUUGAAUUUACUAUGAAGGUUUUAUCUCUGUCCCAUGGAUUUCAUGGAUGAAAUAUAAGCCAGUUAACAUAUAUUGAAGAAUAUGAAAACUGUCUUCAUCGAUUCAUGAUGAAGACAUAGGAACAUUUCAAAAGGCAGUGUCCAGAUCUUGUAAACAGGCUUUUGGACCUUUUCCUUGUUCUUUGGUUGGGGCUGGUCCCUGCAGCUAUAACAACAUCUAGAUGGGAAAUGCUGGAGUAACUGAAUGAAAUACAAACAUCUGCCUCUUCUGACUGGUAAGGAUUAUUGUCCAGAAAAUGAUGAAUUUCAGGGUACUGUUUUUGGACAAAUGUCUUAAUAGACAUAUUUAGUUGAAACCUUUGUGUGUUUUGAAAGGACAUACCCUCUAACUAGUCUGAGUUAUUACUUUUGGUAACCUUUAAUCCCAGAAGUGUAAUAGUCUAAAUAUUUUUGCGAUGCUAUGUUGAUCCUGACGUCUAUAAGGUUAAUGUGGUUCUGGUUAGCAUUUUGUAUUUUAAAACUUGCUACCUUUUUUUUUUUUUCCUACCAUUAAUAGUUAGAUCUUGAAUGUUUACUGGUUCCUACUUGUUGGAUUUUGUGGAGGGACAGUGCAUCUUGGCACUACUGUUAGUGAAGCUUUAAAUAGUAAGUUGCAGCGCUCAUGUGAGAUCUUAUUUUUGAUUUGCACUGUGACAAAUUUGCAUUUUAAAAUAACUCUUACACUUAAAAGACAACAUUUAGGAUAUCCUAGAAUGUAAGAUUUAGCUAUUUGCGAGGUGUCUUACCUGUCCAGGUUUCUUCUCUUCUACAUUGGUGUCAAUUGAAACUAUUUGUAUAUGUUGGAGCUUGUAAGGGUUCAGGAACCCAUGAUAAAAAUAGUAAAGUGUGUAUUUAUUACUCAUUGUAUUGCUCAAUUUUGAUUUGCAAAGUUGAUACUUGUUAUGUCUUUUCAUGUACUUGUAAACAAAUAUUGGAAAAUCUAUUUCACCUAGGGUGCCUUCCUUAUGUGAUAUAAGCACUUGUCAAUCAUAAAGGUAGAGAUGUAAAUGUAUUAAACCAGUAAACGCUAUUUUUGUAACAUGGCUGACUAACACACUUUUGGCUCCUUGUUGUGUUUUCACUAAUACCAGCCUUAAUGGAAACCAGCCUGUUUGUUUUUCUUUGGUGCACUAAAUAGUUAUGUUCUGAUCUUAUGGUGGAACAGGAAAAUUGUACCUCUUCUGCUCUGCGUGAGCCAGUUACCUGAUAAUGGAAAAUUGUUCAAACAUGGGGUGAGUGAACUAAACUAUCAAAUACAUGUACCCUCUCCUUUGUGAGAUUCCUGUUUGUGGGAUGCAGAUACAUCCUGGGAGCUAAGUCCCUGUAAAGGAACAGACUGGAACUGUCUGAUCCAAACAGUCCUGCAUCCAGCUGAUACUUGGAGCUGAGCUAAAGCAGACCUUCUAAAAGAAGGCAUCCUGCCUUGAUUGAAAGACCUCAGGUGACAGGCACACGUUCCAGUACUGCCAGUUGUGAGCAUGAGCAGCAGAAGGCUCAGGAAUACCAGGUGAAAGUAAAGCUUUCCUUAUUUUCAAAUCUGCAUGGUAAAUCAGAGUUAUAACCAUCUGUCUUUUGAACUUGCUGACUUCUAGGCUGGGCAUAGUGGACUCAAUUUGAGCACAAUUCAUCUGUGUGACCCUGACACCCCUUUCCCCCUCUGCCACUCUUGGUUUCCUCAGAAAAUUGUAAUCUUCUGCCGAGAAAGUAUUUUGAGCAUGUUUUAUGUGCCAUUGCAAAUCAGAGCCUGAUUCUGCAGACGUUCCUCAGGCAGAACUCCCUGCUGGCUUCCAGGACGGCAGGAUCAGCCCCUCCCUUCCACUCCCAUGUUAUCUCCCCUUCGUGUAUGAAUGCAUGUUCUGACCAAUUGGUUUUAAUUUAAUUUUGAGAAAACUUCAUUCAAGCAAAACGUGUGUAUGAGGAGUUUCCAGCUUGAUGUCACUUAGCUGGAUUUUGGUUGCUGUGCUUGCAGCUAUGUUAAAUCAGUCAAGGCCAUGGGCAAGAUGGUUUGCAAAAACAAUCGAAGGUUUCUGCUCUACGUAACUACUGUCCACUCCAAACUGGUGUCAUUUUCAGUCUUGGUAAUGCGUUUAACCUGAAACGGCAUGUAUAGUGACUGUCAGGCUCUUUUGAUGCUUUGAAUAACUUCAAAGGCCAAAUCAUUUCAGCAUAAGCAAAGGAAAUGCACUUCCUAAACUUAUUUUCUAGUGACAGCUUAUUCUUUUGUAUGUUACCCACUUCUUUUCUGUUCUUAUUAUUGCUAAACUGCAAAUAAAAGUUGAAGGAUUGUAAUAAAUUUAUUAUGUGAUACAGAAGGCAGUCUCUAACUUCCUAUUUUAUCUUGCCUAUGUUUUUAAAAAUACAUGUCUUUAUAACACAAUUUAAUGGUGUAUUUUAUCAGUUUAAAAUGUCAUUUUGCUUAUCCAAUCUUUUGUAUAUGGGCACAAUAACUUUUUUGUAAUUUCCCAAUUCAAAAUGUAGUAUUGCAUUACCUUUGAGUUUGUCUCUGUUUUUGUUGUUGUCCUUUUUGAUAUAAUAAGAUACUGAGCUCUACAAAUUUUCAUGGUACUCUUCUGAUUGUCUUCAUAGUGGUAAAAAUCUGUAUUUUUGUAUGUAGGGAAAUAGUAGUUUUCUGAACACUAAUCUCUGAUCAAUAUAGUAUGGAAUCAUUUGUGAAGGAUUUCUUGUUUAAUAAAUGGACAUGUUAAAGUGCUAAAA